AUGUCACAAAUUAUUUUUCUUUUCCUCUUGUUCUUCACAAUAAAUUGUGUUAAUUCUGCGUCGUUAAAAGUGGUAGUUGGUCAAAAUGGUUAUAUGGAACAUUUUGUUCCUAAUAGAUUGAAUGCGAUGGUUGGGGAUGAGAUAAAAUUUGUUAUAGGGAAUCGUCCACUUAAUAGACUCACUGAAGCAGAUGGAAUGGGUAGCUGUAAAAGGUCUUCAAAACCUGAUGCUUUUUUUGCAGAAAUAUCUGAAACACAAAGAGAAGUUACAUUUCCGCUUAAUGGCGCUGGGAAAUUUUUUGUAUAUGAUAUAAUGUACGGAUGUAUUGAUGAUAAUGCCUGGUUUGUAGUUAAUGUUGAAGAAAGACCAGCAGGAGCGCCACCACCAUCAACACCUAAUGAACCUGGUCCAGAUGGUUCAACAUCACCAUCUAAUCCAUCUAAUCCAUCUAGUCCUAGUGUUCCUUCUAUUCCAACUAAAUCAACUCUAAGUCCAACUCCAACUCCAACUCAAUCUUCAAACAACACUGGAAGUAUUACCUCCGUCGUUUCAUCUCUCAUUGUUAUUGGUAUAAUAGUCGCGGUAGUCUAUUUCAAAUGUAUAAAGAGAAAACCCGUGGUAGUAAAUAAUUUCAAUAACAACAGCAACAACAACAACAACAACAACAACAACAACAACAACAACAACAACAACAACAAUAAUAAUAAUAAUAAUAAUAAUAAUAAUAAUAAUAAUAAUCAUAGUGCUGUGAAUAUAUAUAACAUUAGUAGUAGUGAAAGCCACGUAAAUCAAAUGAGAAAUAAUCAUCAAUCGCAACAUUUCGCUGCCGCCGUUUACCAGUGA